AUGUCAACCACUACGGCAGCUGUGCUUCCUACAGUCCAAUUACAAGUCAAUUACAAUGAAGUCAAAACCAUUGCCAAAGACUUUAUAACCAAAUUCAAAGAUAGCAUGAUCGAUAUUGAUGAUGAAAUCAAUCAAACCCACGAAGGUAAAUAUAUGAAUAUUUUACAACAAGUCGCCAAUAGACAGAAAACCAGUAUAAAUAUUGAAUUUGAUGACUUGAAAUUAUUCUUAACUAAUUAUGAUCCAGAUUCAUCCAACACCUACCAAGAAGCACGUCGUUUAUUGCCAACCAUGUUGACCAAUACUCGUCAUUUCGUCGAAUUGUUCAGUCAAGUGAUUGAUGACCUUAUGCCAGAACCAACAGAAGAAAUAAGUUACCGUGAUGAUGUGUUGGAUGUUAUAUUGCAUCAGAGAAGAUUACGUAAUGCUAGAUUGCAACAAGAAAGUAACGAAGAGUUCAAUCAAUUAAGAGAUGGUUUCACUCAACCUGAUUCUGCUGCUGCAAAUGUUGGUGGGCAGGAAGAUAAUAUUGCCAACCCGACUGAUGCCAAUUUAUUCCCAGCAAAACUUACAAGAAGAUACUGUUUGUAUUUUGUUCCCUUGAGCAAUGCCAAGGCUUUAUCGGUGAGACAAACAAAGGGGAAAUUUGUUGGUCAUUUCAUAACUGUUAGAGGUAUUGUUACUAGAGUUUCCGAUGUCAAGCCAAGUGCAUUGGUCAUUGCUUAUACCUGUGAUAAAUGUGGUUACGAAAUUUUCCAAGAAGUCAACUCCAAAACAUUCACUCCAUUAACCGAAUGUAAUUCACCAUCAUGUGUUAAUGAUAACAAUAAGGGUCAAUUAUUCAUGUCCACCCGUGCAUCAAAGUUCUCUGCUUUCCAAGAAGUUAAAAUCCAAGAAUUAUCAAGUCAAGUCCCUGUUGGACAUAUUCCAAGAAGUUUAACUGUCCAUGUUAAUGGUGAUUUGGUCAGAUCAAUGAAUCCUGGUGAUACCGUUGAUUUAUCUGGAAUAUUCAUGCCAAGUCCAUACACUGGAUAUCGUGCAUUGAAAGCUGGGUUGUUGACUGAAACCUAUUUAGAAGCUCAGCAUGUUAAACAGCACAAAAAGCAAUAUGAUUCAAUGACAUUAUCGAGUCAAGCACAAGACAAAAUCGACGAGCUUUUACUUCAAGGUGAUGUUUACAAUAAGUUGGCCAAAUCCAUUGCUCCGGAAAUUUAUGGUCACUUGGAUGUUAAGAAAAUUUUAUUAUUGUUAUUAUGUGGUGGUGUCACCAAAGAAAUCGGUGAUGGGUUGAAAAUUAGAGGUGAUAUUAAUGUUUGUCUUAUGGGUGAUCCGGGGGUUGCUAAAUCACAAUUAUUGAAAGCCAUUGGUAAGAUUGCUCCAAGAUCGGUCUAUACUACUGGUAGAGGUUCUUCUGGUGUAGGGUUGACGGCAGCUGUUAUGAGAGAUCCAAUUACUGAUGAAAUGGUGUUGGAAGGUGGGGCUUUGGUGUUGGCCGAUAACGGUAUUUGUUGUAUUGAUGAAUUUGAUAAAAUGGACGAAAGCGACAGAACGGCGAUUCAUGAAGUUAUGGAACAACAAACCAUCUCUAUUGCCAAAGCUGGUAUCACUACUACUUUGAAUGCCAGAACUUCGAUCUUGGCAGCAGCCAAUCCAUUAUAUGGUAGAUAUAAUCCAAGAUUGUCUCCACAUGAAAAUAUCAAUUUACCAGCAGCUUUGUUGUCACGUUUUGAUAUUAUGUUUUUAAUUUUGGAUCAACCAAGUCGUGAAAAUGACGAAAAAUUAGCCCAGCAUGUGGCCUAUGUUCAUAUGCACAACAAACAACCAGACAUGGAUUUCACUCCAGUUGAUUCUAACACCAUUAGAGAAUAUAUUUCUCGAGCAAAAACUUUUAAACCAGUGGUGGCUAAAGAAGUUGGUGAAUAUGUCGUGCAAGAAUAUGUUAAAAUGAGAAAAGAAUCACACAGAAACGAAGGAUCAACGAAAAAGUUUAGUCAUGUCACACCAAGAAGUUUAUUGGCAAUUUUAAGAUUGGCACAAGCAUCAGCAAGAUUGAGAUUUGACAACCAAGUUAGAUUGGAUGAUGUUGAUGAAGCCAUUAGAUUAAUUGAAGUGAGUAAGAGUUCUUAUAAAGAAAGAGAAGUUGAAGAUGAAAGUUCAACUACCAAGAUCUACAACAUUAUCAAAUCAAUUGUCACCCAAGAUGGUGGUGAUCGAGUUGCAUUAGAUCAAAUCAAAGAUAGAGUCAUUGCUAAAGGUUUCACAUUGGAGCAAUUUGAACAUUGUAUAAUGGAAUAUGAUGGAAUCUGGCAAGUGGUUGAUGAUGGAGAGAAUCUUUUAAUAUUGUAA